CUCUCGGGCAGGCCCGCCGCCAUCUUGAGUCGUGCUAGCUGUCCGGGCAUUCCGGGCGGAUCUUGGUGGGGGACCCAGGCCUCAGGCGGGGGUCAGGUUGGAGCCGGGAGGCGCUGGGAGCGGCGGCGGCGGGGGCAGGAUGAGCGCGGAGGCGGCGGACCGGGAGGCGGCCACCUCCAGCCGGCCCUGCACCCCGCCGCAGACCUGCUGGUUCGAGUUCCUGCUGGAGGAGUCGCUGGGCCGCGUCGCUGCAGUCGCACGGCCCCGGGGCCUGGCUCCGUGCGGGGAGAGCGGCGGAAGCCAUCCGUCUGGCGCUGCCGAGCUCGGAGUGAACCCCAGCCUUAGGUUUUUGUCUACUCAGCCAGGGCAUUAUCCCGCACCAGUUCAGCUUAUUGUUCAGUUUUUGGAGCAGGCUUCUAAACCUUCAGUUAAUGAGCAAAACCAAGUCCAGCCUCCGCCUGAUAACAAGAGGAACCGAAUCCUGAAGCUUCUUGCUCUUAAGGUUGCUGCACAUUUGAAGUGGGAUUUAGACAUCCUGGAGAAAAGCCUGUCUGUGCCGGUGCUGAACAUGCUGUUGAACGAGCUGCUGUGCAUCAGUAAAGUCCCUCCUGGGACCAGGCAUGUGGACAUGGACCUGGCAGCCCUCCCCCCGACCACAGCCAUGGCAAUCCUCCUCUACAACAGAUGGGCAAUUAGAACAAUUGUUCAAAGCAGCUUUCCUGUCAAACAGGCAAAACCUGGGCCUCCUCAAUUAAAUGUCAUGAAUCAGAUGCAGCAGGAAAAGGAGCUAACAGAAAACAUUUUGAAAGUGCUAAAAGAACAAGCUGCUGAUUCUAUUUUGGUCCUGGAAGCAGCCUUGAAAUUAAAGAAGGAUCUGUAUGUUCACACUAUGAGAACUCUGGACUUACUGGCCAUGGAACCAGGCAUGGUGAAUGGAGAAACUGAGAGUUCUACAGCUGGGUUGAAAAUCAAAACUGAGGAGAUGCAAUGCCAGGUGUGUUAUGAUUUGGGUGCAGCCUACUUCCAGCAAGGCUCUACAAAUUCAGCUGUCUAUGAAAAUGCCAGAGAGAAAUUCUUUAGAACUAAAGAGCUAAUUGCAGAGAUAGGUUCAUUAUCUCUUCAUUGUACCAUAGAUGAGAAGCGCUUAGCCGGCUAUUGUCAAGCGUGUGAUGUUCUUGUAGCUUCCUCUGGUAAUAACUCUGAGCAGUUGACUCCAUAUAGUCAAGUCCACAUUUGUUUACGCUCUGGCAGCUAUCAGGAGGUAGUGCAGAUUUUCAUUGAAGAUAAUCUAACCUUAACUUUACCUGUUCAGUUCCGGCAGUCAGUAUUGAGGGAGCUCUUUCAGAAAGCUCAACAAGGAAAUGAAGCUCUAGAUGAGAUCUGUUUUAAAGUGUGCAUCUGCAACACAGUACGUGAUAUUCUGGAAGGCAGAGCAGUCAGUGUCCAGUUCAACCAACUGUUUCUUAGACCAAACAAAGAGAAAAUAGAGUUUCUCCUUGAGGUAUGUUCACGAUCAAUAAAUGUAGAAAAAGCUUCAGAUUCUUUGAAGGGAAAUAUGGCUGCUUUUCUUAAGAACGUGUGUCUGGGGCUGGAAGAUCUGCAGUAUGUCUUCAUGAUUUCUUCACACGAGCUUUUCAUUACGUUGUUGAAAGAUGAAGAGCGAAAACUGCUUGUUGAUCAGAUGAGGAAGAGAUCCCCUAGAGUAAAUCUGUGCAUUAAGCCUGUGACUUCAUUUUAUGAUAUCCCAGCUUCAGCAAGUGUCAACAUUGGCCAGUUGGAACAUCAGCUUAUAUUGUCAGUAGAUCCCUGGAGGAUUAGACAGAUCUUAAUUGAGUUACAUGGUAUGACUUCAGAGCGACAAUUUUGGACUGUGUCCAAUAAGUGGGAAGUACCUUCUGUAUAUAGUGGUGUUAUCCUAGGAAUUAAGGACAAUUUGACAAGAGAUUUGGUUUACAUUCUCAUGGCCAAAGGUUUACACUGCAGUACUGUCAAGGACUUUCCCCAUGCUAAACAGCUAUUUGCAGCUUGUUUGGAGCUGGUAACAGAGUUCUCCCCGAAACUGCGGCAGGUUAUGCUGAAUGAGAUGUUACUUUUGGAUAUUCACACCCAUGAAGCUGGAUUGGGACAGUCAGGAGAGAGACCUCCUUCCGACCUUAUUAGUAGGGUCCGAGGAUAUCUGGAAAUGAGGCUUCCUGACAUUCCUCUUCGUCAAGUUGUAGCUGAAGAGUGCGUUGCUUUUAUGCUAAACUGGAGAGAAAAUGAGUAUCUUACCCUGCAAGUUCCUGCAUUUUUACUUCAGAGUAAUCCAUAUGUAAAGCUUGGACAUCUUUUAGCAGCUACCUGCAAAGAACUUCCAGGCCCUAAAGAAAGUCGGCGGACUGCGAAGGACCUUUGGGAAGUUGUUGUUCAGAUCUGCAGUGUGUCUAACCAGCACAAGCGAGGAAGCGAUGGCAGGGUUAGUUUAAUAAAGCAGAGGGAGUCCACGCUAGGAAUAAUGUACCGGAGUGAAUUACUUUCUUUUAUCAAAAAAUUACGGGAACCACUGGUUUUGACUAUUAUUUUAUCACUGUUCGUGAAGCUUCACAAUGUUCGGGAGGACAUUGUGAAUGAUAUCACAGCUGAACACAUUUCUAUUUGGCCAUCUUCCAUUCCUAACCUCCAGUCUGUGGAUUUUGAAGCCGUGGCAAUCACAGUGAAAGAACUAGUUCGAUAUACACUCAGUAUAAAUCCAAACAACCAUGCUUGGCUAAUCAUUCAAGCAGAUAUUUAUUUUGCAACAAAUCAGCAUUCGGCAGCUCUUCACUAUUACCUCCAGGCUGGAGCUGUGUGCUCUGACUUCUUUAACAAGGCUGUGCCUCCUGAUGUCUAUACAGAUCAAGUGAUAAAGCGAAUGAUAAAGUGCUGCUCCCUGCUGAAUUGUCACACACAGGUGGCAAUUUUAUGUCAGUUCCUCAGAGAAAUUGACUACAAGACAGCUUUCAAGUCAUUGCAGGAACAAAACAGCCAUGAUGCUAUGGACUCCUACUAUGACUACAUUUGGGAUGUCACCAUCUUGGAGUACUUGACCUAUCUUCAUCAUAAAAGAGGAGAAACAGAUAAAAGACAGAUUGCUAUCAAAGCCAUUGGCCAAACAGAGUUGAACGCGAGCAACCCUGAAGAAGUAUUGCAGCUGGCAGCACAGAGAAGGAAAAAGAAGUUUCUACAAGCAAUGGCAAAACUUUACUUUUAAGCAGUUAGUUAAUUUUUUAAACUUUUAUUUUUUAAACAUGGGCUAAAAGUAAACAGUAUUAAAAGAUGAAGUUUAUAUAAUA